AUGGCGGAUGAACAUGACUACAAACACUAUUAUCUCCCGUUCUUAUCUGGAAAUAGUUUCCGCGGUAAACAUAAACCUAGAACGUUUCCCACUGCUUUCGUAGAGUUUUGUGACAUUGGGAAACCAGAACCUACUACAGAACUGCCUAGAGAAUAUCACAACCACUUUAAACCAUCCUCAUUAUGUUUACCAAAGAUCCAACCACGAUGUGUGAGAGAAAGGGAAACUCAUUUAUCAGAUAUUCCCGUACACUCGAUUCUUCCAUUGGCUAGCAACAAAGUACCAUUUACAUUCACCGAAGGACUAAGUGCUCUUAGUGCUCCGACGCCGCCAUUGUUUCCAAUUCAACGGAGUGAUGUACCACCAGCUAAUCUGCCGAAUGUUAAGAAGUCUUUAGAGGAGAAGAUCAAGGGUCAAUAUACUAUCGAGCGACGAAUAACUUAUGAGGACACUCCAAGAAGGACAACAAUAGCAACUAAGCAUAUUCCCUUAAUAAAAAGAGAUGAGACAUUGGAACCUGCUGUACAAGACGUGAAACGUCUAGAAUGUCGCCCUUUCUUAAAAUUUGCACCUAACGUCAUUCACGAUAAACGCCCUAAAAAGCAUUCAAUUGACCUGAGGUCAUACACUCCGUACAACAAGAACAUGGACACUAAGUUUAUUGUGCCCAAGGAAAUCGGUAUGUGUGACCUUGACAACGUGUCUUGGUCUAGACAAAAAUCUUUUGGAAACUUUUACCAACAGGAAAUAAAUCGACUGCGCGAGAAAAAAUCCAACAAUAAACUUUCAACCACAUGUGUGCUUGGUGUAUCUAGUGUUUCAGAAACAAAACUCGAGCUGCCGUUUAGCGUUUUGCGUGAGAGAAAGGCAUCAAAAGCUAUGACAAACCAAUCAAGUGUUACACAUGAUAUAAACAAAUCUUUGACUGACUUUUCGCAAUACAAAGGAGAUUCGGAAGCAUGUACCUCAACCAGAUUCGUCAUUAAGAUGCCAAUUACAACGGAUAUGCACCAGAACGAGAUAUCAGAGGUUGCACGUCUGAACACCAAUAAUUCUAACAACCGUGAGAGUUCUUUUGAAAUUGACGAAUGUCAGUCGAUUUCUUUAAGUGAAAAUCGUGACCCACAGGAAGUUGACGUAUUACGACUGUUAUCGAUUGAACCCAUUGACAUAGGAGAACCACUUGACUCAAAUAAAAAAUUAUCGCCCAAUUAUGUUGAAGAAAAUAUUCAAUCUGAAGAUCUAUCUAAACUAUCUGACAUUGUUCCCGAUGACUCUACAGGUGAACUUGCCUUUAAGGGAAAUAACUCUUUAGAGACUUAUGAAGAAAACGGUUGGUCGAACAAAGUCGAUAAGGAAUUAGAUGAGAAUAUUUGUGAAUGUAUAAAACAAAUAGACACUGAGUCUGAACAACCAAAUGCAGAAGACACCCCUACAGAGUUGGAUGCUAAUAAUUUUAGUGAGGGAGUAACGAAAAAAUUGCGACUUGAAGUUAUAGUGUUGAAAAGAACACUUGCUUAUCGAGAAAUUACAACUCAAAUGUACUAUUCGUAA